GAGAGAGAGAGCGAGCGAGAUUAUUUUAUUAUUAAUAUGCACAUUUUUUAAAAUUUUAACCCACCCUACCCACAGGUGCAUAAAUCACAUUGCUUUUAUUACCUCUCAUCAUGUCACUUAUUUUCUUCCAGAGGAACCAAAAGAAGAUGAAUACACACCCUCACUUCAAAAGUAUUGUAGAAUCUGUCAAGUCUGCUGAGGAAAUAGAUAAUUUAGUGGGAGAAGCACUCACGUACCAGGAGAUGCUUGAAAAGAGAACCUCACCUUGGGAAUUGCAGUGCUGGAAUCAGGAAGAACUGCAGAACUUCAAAAUAAACCUACCAAAUGUGGACCGUCUCUACCACAUCCACUUUUUUGAUGAUCAUUUAGAAGAACGCGAGUUUGUACUUGUAGCUCGCAUUUUAUACAAGGAGAGACAUGUCUUUGUACAGCUUAUUGCAGGUUGCGACUUCACUGGCUUUCACUGCAAAGGUGGAGGUGAGAUAUACAUUAGCCUGGAUCCACAAAUUUUUCUCAAGUCUGUGUUAGACCAGAACUACAACAUUCAGAAGAUAUGGAGAGCAAUGGUUGAUGAUGGAUAUAAAGUUGAACAACCAUCUGAGCAUGAUCUCAAACCCAUGAGACUGUGGCACAGCAUACCAAUGCUAAAGUUUUUAUGUCACAUGGCAGUGUAUAACAACAAAGAAGAACUACAGCACUACCAUCAGGUGUUACCCAAAUCACUAGUGGACUGCAUUGAUGAGUUCAUCAAACUCAGAGUAACUCGGGAUCAUCACGAUGAAGAUGGCCUAUGUUUAAGCAAGCUAGAUAAAUAAUUCUAGUACUAUUUAGUAUUAUAUUUUUUACAUUAUAACCAAUUUUAUAUCAAUUAUUUAUAAUGC